AUGGCAACCAACAUCACCUUCCACGCGGCGGCCCUCACGCGCAAAGAACGCAAUGACCUGCGCCAACAACAAGGCCUCACCAUCUGGCUGACCGGCCUCUCCGCCUCGGGCAAAUCCACCCUCGCCGUCGAACUGGAGCACCAACUCCUGCGCGACCGCGGCGUGCACGCCUACCGUCUCGACGGCGACAACAUCCGCUUCGGCCUAAACAAGGACCUCGGCUUCAGCGAGGCCGACCGCAACGAGAACAUCCGCCGCAUCGCCGAGGUGGCCAAGUUGUUCGCCGACUCGUCCGCCAUCGCCAUCACCUCGUUCAUUUCGCCGUAUCGCAAGGAUCGCGACUCGGCGCGCCAGUUGCACGAGGUGCCCACGCCCGGUGAGGAGACCGGUUUGCCCUUUGUCGAGGUCCAUGUCGAUGUGCCGGUUGAGGUGGCGGAGCAGCGGGACCCCAAGGGUCUGUAUAAGAAGGCCCGGGAGGGGGUGAUCAAGGAGUUUACGGGAAUUAGUGCGCCGUAUGAGGCGCCUGAGAAGCCAGAGGUGUAUAUUCGGAACGUCGAUUUGGCGAUUCCCGAUGCCGUCAAGCAGAUCAUCGACUAUUUGGACUCCAAGGGUUAUUUGCCUGCGAAGAAGGAGUAA